GAUGAAAACAGGGUGUUCUUGUGUGCUCCAAAGGCACCGAGGUGUGUUUUUUGAGAAAUGUUUCCACUGAAAUGCCCAUAUGUGAGGUCUUGAACCAGGAAAAGGUGCCAGCUUCCCUCUGAAAAAAGUUUAGCCCUUCCGUAUGAGAACGUCUACAGUUCCGGAGGCCUGCAGUGAGAAGGGAUGGUCCUCUUUCUGAAAAUGGGAAACUUCUGUUGGAGGCACGUGGGCCGUCGCCAGAAAGCAAGAGUAAAGAAAAGAAGGGAGAAAUGGGGGGUGAAGUCACUUAAUGCAGCCUGUGCGAGAGGGGCUACCCUAUAAGGCAGCAUGACAAGACUCCUUUGAGGUCAGUGAGGGCGCUCACCUUGGGGGGCUGUGGGAGGGGGUUAUGGCCAGAUACGGCCUCAGGGCUCCCGAGCCACAGGAUAACGGUGCUGUCAGGCUCCAAAGAAACCGUACCCAUGUCUGGGCUGUCCUCUUCCUCCUGGCCAGCCCCCAGCAGGCCUGCUGUGCCGAGUAGCCUCUACCUGUGACAGUACGGAUGCUGCUGUCGCCGUGCAGGGACUUGCCCCGCCAUCAGCCCCGCCACCCAGGCCGGACCGUCUUCCCCUGCCCCCAGCGUGGCUGCUGCUUUUGAAAAAGUAGGGCGCUGGCCCCCUCCCUAAGGAAGAGGCUUUGUACACGUCUGGACUGUGGGUGGCUUGUUGCCAUCCCCUCACUGUUAGACGCAGGCGGGUCCACUCUGGUGAUCGUCCCCGUGUGUGUGUGUGUGGGGGGGGUCAUGUAGUGUCCCCUGUUCCCAGAGGGCUCAUGUGGUCUAACACCAGCUGUUCCACACCCGGCACACCUGUGCCCUGACUGCAUCUGCCGCUUCCACCCGAGCAGGGCCCUGUGUGUCCGUGAGGCCCCGACACAGGUGCUGGCCACCGGGAGCUGGGGGGUAGGUGGUGCCUGUGCCACGCGCCCUUGGCCGUUCACAGACGCGCGCACCCAGGAAACCGCACCUGCCCCGCCUACAGCAUCUGCUCCUCCUGCAUCUCCCUCCCAUGGGCACAUCCACACUGAUGGGAGGCCCUGUCCCGGCCCUGAGCGCGGGGAGAGCUCCCAGAGAAAGUCUGCCCGGAAAGCGCUCCAGUGCAGCCAUCGCGAGAGCACGGAGAGGCCAAGGGGCGCCUGGGUGGCUCGCUCAGUUAGCAUCGGACUCCUGAUGUCGGCUGAGGUCAUGAGCUCGGGGUUGUGAGAUCGAGCCCCACACUGGGCGUGGAGCCUGCUUAAGGUUCUCUCUCCCUCUGUCCCUCGCCCCCCUGCCCCAUGCUUGCUUGCUGUUUUUUUUUUGUUUUUUUUUUUUUAAAAAGGAAACAAAACAAACCCCCAAAAACCCAAACAUGGAGAGGCAAAGGUGCGGGAGACCUGUGCCCCAGCCUCCUCCCUUGGAGAUCAGGACCCCUCAGUUCAUGUCCAGUAUUAGAUAAAUACCAGAAGUGUGGGUGCUCUGAAGAAGCUUACGAUGGAAGAUAUCCUUGUCACCAAGUGUUAGCCACACAGAAGAACAGGAUAUAGAGGUCAUCAGAAAGGUUCCAGUGAGUUACCUCACCAGACAGACAGGCUGGAACUGGACUACGUGAAUCUGUUAAGGUUUUGGGCAAGGCACUCAACCAUCUGAUAACUGUCUCUCAUAAGGACUCUGAAAGCGUCACAUGCUCCCCCAACUGAGCCAGCCAGGCGCCCCUGGAAGGAUCCCUCUGAGAUAUUCCUUAUCAGUAGAACGGGAUGAUGACCAUGACUUCACACGAUGGUGGCAAAGAAAAUAAAAAGAUGAAAUGUGUAAGCGGGGAACGGUGCCUGCGCGCAGGAAACGCCAACGUUAAUUACCCUCCCGAAAGGGCAACGAGGAAGUCGUCCAGUUCUGAGAAAGCCUCCCGGGGUAAUCGCAGCCCCGGGUUGGCCGGAGUGGCUCCGUCACUCAAAUCCUUCCCUCCCUCAGAGAGGCAGCACCUGCCAGAGAACAGGGGCCGGUCACUGACGCCGGGCCAGCUUGCCGCCCGCCUCCGACUUGGCCGCAGACACCCGGCGCGGAAGGUGGGCUUCCUGCCCUUACGCUUCCGUUAGCUUCGUUCAAACAGGCCGCUUUCGCCAGCACCCAAUCAGAACGCCCGAUCUUCGGCCGCCGCCCAAUGAGCGCGUGCAAUGGGGGGAAAAAGGGCGUGAAGCCCAAUCGCAGCGCCAUCACACUUGAGGGCAAAGAGGUUAGGAAGCCGGCAUGGCGCUCCGGUCAAUAAAAUCGAUAGCUGGAAGCUGCCUGUGUUCCAGGCUAAGGCGGUGCGGUAGCAGCGCCGCCAUCUUCCCCGAAGGCAUCUUCCGGUGCCUUUCACCCAAGUUCGAGCAGGAGUUUCCUGAAUAACAGCAAAAGGUUUCCGUUAGCCCCGCAAGGCGGCUGAUUCCGAUUCCCCACGGGCCUCCCCGGGCACGCUCAGCCCGGGUCCGGCCGGGGCUCCCAUAUCCCGGGGUCCGCCAGGGGUUCAGGCCGGGACAGGGAAGGCCGUGGCGCCGGCUUCUGGGGUCCAAUGGCGCCACCUUCGGCUCCGCUUUCCGCGCGGGGACCAGGAGAGGCCAGACCCGGCCGGAGAAGGGGAAGGAGGCCGAGGGCGGUGAAGUUCGCGGACGUGGCCGUGUACUUCUCCCCGGAGGAGUGGGGCUGUCUGCGGCCCGCGCAGAGAGCCCUGUACCGGGACGUGAUGCGGGAGACCUACGGCCACCUGGGCGCGCUCGGGUGCGCAGGUCCCAAACCAGCCCUCAUCUCCUGGUUGGAACGAAAUACUGAUGAGUGGGAACCGGCCGCCCUGGAUCCGCGGGAGUGCCCAAGGGGGGUAACAGUCCAAAGAAAAACCAGAACCAGAAAGAAGAACGGAGAGAAGGAAGUCUUCCCACCUAAGGAGGCACCCCGAAAGGGCAAGCGAGGCCGGCGGCCCAGCAAGCCCCGACUGAUCCCCAGGCAGACAUCUGGGGGCCCCAUCUGCCCUGACUGUGGCUGCACCUUCCCCGACCGUCUGGCCCUGGAGAGCCACAAGUGUGCCCAGAAUCUGAAAAAGCCUUACCCUUGCCCGGACUGCGGGCGCCGCUUUUCCUACCCCUCCCUGCUGGUGAGUCACCGGCGGGCACACUCUGGCGAGUGUCCCUAUGUUUGCGACCAGUGUGGCAAACGUUUCUCCCAGCGCAAGAACCUCUCGCAGCACCAGGUUAUCCACACGGGCGAGAAGCCCUACCACUGCCCUGACUGUGGCCGCUGCUUCCGGAGGAGCCGGUCCCUGGCCAAUCACCGGACCACGCAUACCGGCGAGAAACCCCACCAGUGCCCCAGCUGCGGGCGGCGCUUCGCCUACCCCUCGCUGCUCGCCAUCCACCAGCGCACGCACACGGGCGAGAAGCCCUACACCUGCCUGGAGUGCAACCGCCGCUUCCGGCAGCGCACCGCCCUCGUCAUCCACCAGCGCAUCCACACCGGCGAGAAGCCCUACCCGUGCCCGGACUGCGAGCGGCGCUUCUCCUCGUCCUCCCGCCUGGUCAGCCACCGGCGGGUGCACUCCGGCGAGCGCCCGUACGCCUGCGAGCACUGCGAGGCGCGCUUCUCCCAGCGCAGCACGCUGCUCCAGCACCAGCUCUUACACACCGGGGAGAAGCCCUACCCCUGCCCGGACUGCGGCCGUGCCUUCCGGCGCAGCGGCUCGCUGGCCAUCCACCGCAGCACGCACACCGAGGAGAAGCUGCACGCCUGCGAGGACUGCGGCCGCCGCUUCGCCUACCCGUCGCUCCUGGCCAGUCACCGGCGCGUGCACUCGGGCGAGCGGCCCUACGCGUGCGACCUGUGCGCCAAGCGCUUCGCACAGUGGAGCCACCUGGCCCAGCACCAGCUGCUGCACACCGGGGAGAAGCCCUUCCCUUGCCUGGAGUGCGGCCGCUGCUUCCGCCAGCGGUGGUCUCUGGCCGUCCACAAGUGUAGCCCCAGAGCCGCUCCCGGGGGGGCCGGCCAGAAGGGCAGUGCCCUUUAGUCACCGGAAAAGGACGGUGGAUUUUCAUUUCAGUUCAUGGAGGGGCCCAGAGAAGGGAAGGAGAAGUCCUGGGUCAUACAAGGCAGAGUCAGGACAAAAGCCCAGGCCUUCUGCGACAGAGACCUGAACUUUAAUGUAUCUCACCCCCCCACCCCCCGGCUGCCUUACCGGAUGUGUCUAGAACAGACAGUCCCGUUAGGAGAGGUGACAUCACGUGGUGGUUUUCCAGGCUGCCCCAUCCUGAGAGAAUGUCCGUGUGUGGAUAUCAGGGCUGAAAGUUCUCCCAUCUUAGGGGCUGUUUGCUUUUCUAGCGUGUGUAUACAGAGAUCACCUGUCCCCUUGCAAACAGGAGAAUGCCAUUUGUGGGCGGCAGUAUCUUGCCCUACUCUGCUCCUUCCUCCAUAUCACGUUUAAAGAAACCUGCUUUAGCCCCCUUUUUUCAACACUCCUGCCAAGUGGUUUUUUACCCUUGCUUUAAAUCUCCCUUGACAGGGAGCUCACUACCUCACAAGGCAGGUCAUUUCAUUGUGGGAUAGCUGUGAUCUUUAGAAGGCGGUUAAGUACCUAUUCUUCCCUAGAAGCCUUGCCCAGAGUAUGUAAUACUUCAUCUACAUGACAGCGUUUCAGAUCACUUAAUCACAGCUGCUUUGCCCACGUUUUCAAAUUAAACAGCAUUUUUUGGUCAGUCCUUCCUUAAAGACAGGGUUUCAGUUCCCACACAUGCUCUUUCUUCAAACAGGUGUCGGUUUUUCAGUGUCCCUUUUAAAGGGUCAUGCAAAAAUAAGCCGGCACCACAGUGUGUCCUGUCCACCUCCUUGGUCCCUGCUUGUUUUAACAGCUCUAGAUUGCACUGAAUUCAGGGGCGGUGACACUGUAGCAGGGCUUCGUUGGGUUGCAGAUAAAUACCUAAGCUUUUUGUUUUUUUUAAACCACAUACUGUGAAGCUAAGUCUUCUACCCCCUGUGUUUGGAAAAUUGAUUCAAGUUGGGUCUGGGACAUAGGCAAAGUGAGCUUUAGGAGAAGACUGACUUGAAGGAGAAGCAGGGGAGCUGAGCCAGCAGCAAGAGGUAAAACUGGGACCGGCUCGUACUUCCUCCAGUGGAUUUGGAUUAGUUCCAGGCAGCCAGUGGCUAGAAAUCCUUGAGACCUGGGUCUUACUCCUCCCCGAUUCCCAAUCGAAUAAGGAGACAUCAGCACAGAACCUUUCAUGAGUCCUCAGUAAGUCAGAUGAGGCCAUUCAAGGAGGGUAGAAAGUUAAGUCAUUGAGGACAGGGCAGGAAGAGUCUGCAGUCAUCGAGUUGUGUUCAUGCCUGCCUUCCUCACAGAAGCGCCCCAGAGCAGCAGCAGCAACGCGUCUUAAUCUUUGACAUGCCUCCCUGGCACCCACCCCUGAGUAUUUGCUCAGUAAAGCUUUACCGCAUUCAGUGGACAAGGCCUACCACUUUGCCUUGGGUCGCUGCACCAAAUUGGAGUUUCCGAACAUGACUUCGCUCCUCUUCAACAGCUGGAGUGGGUCAUGUUCCUACCCCUGUUGCUUGUUCCUUCAGCUCUCCAAAUCUCAGCCCCAACGUGGGAGAGCAGCUGGGCAACACAGUGUUUGUAAUUACCUCUGUUCUGGUAUUUAGCGAGUUGCAUUGUAACUAUUUGUCUGUUUCUCCUUGGAUGAAUGGAUGAGCUCCCCCAAGACAGGGGUCAUACCAGAUUGGGUCUCAUUAAAAUGUCGAAAAAUGA